UUUCAGCCAAUCAGCGCCGGACCUUCUCUGCACACGUCAAUGCGAGGUUGGUUUAGCCCUUUGUACAGUGUAUUAGCCUGUGCUCUAAGUUGCCUCUUAAAGUAGCGGCACAAUGAAUUGUGAUCAUUGACAACACAUGGAUCCCACUUUGCACGUCCCAGCUCUGACCUCUGACCUCACUGUGAUUGAAAACUCCUGCCAUCAGUAACCUCCUCAUGUGCAUCAUCUUCUUGAAGUUUGACCCUCGGCCUGCAUCCAAAAAUGCCUACAGGCUUAUUCUGGCUGCUAACAGAGAUGAGGUCUACAGCAGACCGUCCAAAGCUGCAGACUUCUGGGGCAGCAACAACGAGAUCCUCAGCGGUCUGGACCUGGAAGAGGGGAAGGAAGGCGGAUCCUGGCUGGGAAUUAGCAAACGAGGGAAACUGGCGGCACUGACCAAUUACCUGGAAGCACGGCAAAAUCCAGACGCUCAGGGGAGAGGUUUCCUGGUGUCCAACUAUUUGACAGAUAACUUGGACAGUUUCGCGUACCUCCGUAAAGUGUCUUCAGAAGCUCAUUUAUAUAAUGGCUUCAAUCUCCUUACUGCUGACUUCAGGGCCAAUGAAGACACAUUGUGUUACUAUGGAAACAAGGGCAGUUCAGAGCCCAUUCAUCUCAAAGCAGCAGGAAUCUAUGGGUUGAGUAACUCUCUUUUGGAAACUCCAUGGAGAAAACUGCAGCACGGCAAACAGCUGUUUACCAGUGUAGUGAACAAAACACUGCCCCCUGAUGGCUUAGUGCAAGAACUGCUCCAUAUCCUCAAUAACAAGGAGCUAAACACCCCCGACCCCGCGCAGGAGAGUCAAGGUGUGGGCUUCAGUAAGGCCAUACUCCAAGCCCUGUCUGGAGUGUGUGUGCGCUCACCAGGAUACGGCACAAGGACCAAUACAGUCAUCCUCAUCGACCGAGAGGGAAACGUGAGCUUUACGGAGCGUACCAUGAUAAACUGUGACAUCACCCAGUGGAGCACAAAUAGCUUCCACUUCAAACUGCAAGAAUGAGAGCCAGAUGCCAGGCCAAGGGUAGAAGACUUUCACGCUGUGCCUUUAUCCAGCCACUGUCUGCUCGAGCCAUGCAGCACCACUGUUUCUACCAAUAUGAAUAUCAAGACUUAGUUCGGACUUUCCAGUUGAAAUAGGAAAGCGGUUGAUUUUUGCUACUGCUCUGUUCUGAGAGGAAGCUUGUUUGCACGUUCUUGUUUUCUUGGUAAUUCUUCUUUCUCAUAACCAAUGGCUCAUGACAAGGCUCACAUUGAAUCUGUGGCUACAAACACCAGAUUUCCAUAGUUUCUUGUAUUGAAAUCCAUCCACAGAAUUCUUUCAGAUCAGUUCAGAAAGGUGAGCGGAUUCCAUCUGAAUCUACUCAUGAGGUGUUAUUUUUGAGUGCAUGUCAUUCAAUCUGAUAAGUAAGAAGAAUGUAAAAUCCCAUAUCAUCUACUGAAUCCCAUUUUAUCACAAACUGUCAUUGGCAUGAAAUGCUGUUGGACAGUCGUUUCAGGUGCAAGAUGUCUACUGCCAAAGAAUAUUUGUGUCAGUCACAAUCAUUAUGAGAACACAAGAAAAUAAAACAUGUUCAUAAUCUUGCACAAUGUAAACUUUACUUGCUAUUCAGUGCAUUUGUUAUCCACUGUAAUGCCUUUCACUCAGGAAUAUGCUGAGAGCUACUGCCAAAACAAUGAAGGAGAAAGUUUUCUUCUUUCUUUUUAACAUUAAACAGCUUCUUAAAUUGAAAGGACUUUUUUUUUUUUUGUCAUAUUAAAUGAAACCAUUUUGAUUUCACUUUGAAAGUGUUCAGAGUCUGCAGUUUGUAUGGUUUGAUAUUUCCAUUGCUGCUUUUUUAAUGUUAUCUGAAUUCUAAUAGCAAUGCAUCUAUGCAUUUUGUCAGCCGCCAGUUAUCCGAUACCGACUUGUCAUUUGAUGUCAGGUCUUUAGUUGUGCCUGAAAUGUAGAAUUUGGCUUUUAAAUGACAGUUUUCCACAUACCUUCCCAUAUGUACAGUAGCCUACUUGGUUCUUACAGUAUAAAGUGUGUGUGUGUGCAUGAUUAUGUGGUUUAUUAGGACACAAAUUUGUAUAAUGACGGGUAUGACAUAAGUAUAACAACAUGAAGGUGAUUUAUGAGGACACUUCGGUGUCAAAUCAAAUUAGGCUUACAAAUCAUACAGAAUGAGUUUUAUUUUGAAAAUCUAAAACUGCACAAAGUUUCCUGUGAGGGGUAGGAAUAGGUGUAGAAAAUACUGUUUGUAUUGUACAGUAUAAAAACCAUUACGUCUAUGGAGAGUCCCCGUAAACCAUAAAAACCAACGUGUUUGUGUGUGUUUCUUGGACAGUGAAGGACGUACACAUUUUAGCGGACCCAGUUAGCUUUUACAAGCUGACAGCAACAUUUUACUCCAAAGGUAACGGAAAUCAAAAGUGCGAGCUCAGGCAUUCUGUUGAGUGCAGUGACCUGUGUUCUCUUGUCUACAUGUGCGUCAAGAAUAAAGCAUUUACAAUGCUCA